ACUUACAACGAUAUAAUAUGAGUUUUAUAGCUUAAGUGUGUAUCAAAAUUCGAAAAAAUAACUUUUAAACUUGGAGCUUGGUUAAUGAAAUAAAUAUACCCACCUAACCGGCUUGUAUAAAGUUAAAUAUUGUUGCAUAUUAAUUUUUUUUCAUAUUAUUACUCUAGUAUUUUAUAUAAAAAAGCCCGCGGCCUUUCCCACGGCGAAAAGCCGUCUUUUCACCCCUCCAAAAACGCUGACCCCUCCCUCCUUUCUUCGCAUAAAAAAACUCUGUUCUGUCGAAUCGCUCUCGCUCUCUCUAUUAGGUCUGUGGUCACUGGAGCUGUUAUAUGUUUGUGAUAACAUCCCUCUUCCGACUCUCCCGCUGCUGCUGCUGCUCGGAGGCGAUCCCGCUGCUGCUACUGCUCGGAGGAGAAGAGGAGAAGAGAAGGACAAAGGACAUAGGAAAGAGACAGAGGAGUACGCACAAGGAAAGAGGGAGAUAUUCGUGGGACUUUUCUGCACUGGUUUGUACACGAAUGCGCGAGUUACACUCCACAUGAAAAGAAAACGUAGGCCUUUCCAGCCACACUAAACAUUCCAUUAAGCUCCCUCCCGUCGAUUCUGAUACAUGGCCACCGUAUUCAAGAUCAGUCCUGCUCAAAUUUCUACUUUUCAUCAAAUCGCUUCUAAACCUAACAUUUUUCAUCACCACGAUUCCGCAAACAGACUACCCAUCUCCAUUCCGCGCUGCUCUACACCGAGAACCUCUCCAUUCACUGAGAAGCACUCAAUGCAGAGAUACGAGAGAGACCAAUGGUUGUACCCAGUUGCUCAAAAAUGUAGUCGCCCUUUGCCUGGUGAUUUGGGUUCCGGGAGCGAUGACGACAUUGCUCUUCAAUUGCCAGAGCUGAAGAAGCUCCUUCAAGCUCUGAAGGCGAGGAGAGCAGGUGAAGGCGGAGGAAGGAGAGAAGGGCCUGGAAGUGUUUAUCUGGUUGGAACUGGACCUGGGGACCCUGAACUUUUGACCGUGAAAGCUUUGAGAUUGAUUAAGUCUGCAAAUUUAGUGUUGUAUGAUCGAUUGGUUUCAAAUGAUAUCAUGGAUUUGGUUCAACCUGAUGCUAAAAUGCUCUAUGUUGGGAAAACUGCUGGUUACCACAGUAGAACUCAGGAUGAGAUCCAUGAGCUGCUGCUGAGCUUUGCAGAAGUGGGUGCCACAGUAGUGAGGCUGAAAGGCGGCGACCCAUUGAUCUUUGGGAGGGGUGGAGAGGAGAUGGAUUUCCUUCAACAACAAGGAAUUCAUGUAAAGGUUAUACCAGGUAUCACAGCUGCUUCAGGAAUUGCUGCAGAGUUGGGGAUCCCUUUGACACAUCGUGGUGUUGCAAAUAGCGUUAGGUUUCUCACUGGGCAUUCCAGGAAAGGAGGGUCUGACCCUCUUUUCAUUGAGGAGAAUGCUGCUGCUCUUGAUACAACAUUGAUAGUGUACAUGGGAUUGUCCACCCUCCCUUCACUUGCUCUCAAGUUGAUUUGUCGAGAUGGUCUCCCACCUGAUACUCCAUCAGUUGCAGUCGAGAGAGGAACUACACCUCAGCAACGGAUGGUAUUUGCUGAACUGAAGUAUCUGGUGGAUAAAGUUAAAGCAGCAGAAUUGGUUUCACCAACUCUAAUUAUUAUUGGGAAGGUUGUGGCACUUUCUCCGUUGUGGCUACAAUGCAUUAGAGAUGAAGCCCUUUUGGUAGAAGAAAAAUUAACUUAAUAAGCAGUUUAUACUCUUCGAAGGUGUCAGAGAAGCAGCAACAUGGCAUCAAUUGCAAUGACCCACUGAAUGGUUGAUCGCCAAAAUCUUUAUGCAUCUUGGAAAUCUCUAGAUGAUGGUUUUUGUGUCUCGUUGGGAGGCAAGAGGGGGCAAUUCUUUCAAACAGAGGGCUUCCUAUGUUGGUGAAACACUGAAGGAGCCCUUUUCUGUAGCAUUGCAUUUAUUUGAGGAAGAAGAGGGACAUGGGUGUAAAAAUGGGUGAUAUUUUUGUAAUACUGCAAAGAUAAGAGAUUGUAUUGUUGGACGUGUGAUCGUGUUAGAUGCUUUAGGGACGGGGAGCAUGGAUGUUGUUAUGUUUAUGUUCUUAACAUUCUAAAUAAUGCAUGCAUUCUUUAGGGAUUGUACGAUAAUAUCAUUUAUCUAUGUUGCAAAGAGGUUACAAUUA